AUGAAGACCUUCUUGCCCCUCGUUUCGCUUCUGAUGGGCGUAGGGAUGACUUCUGCUGCCCCCGCUCUAAAGGUCGCUGCUGAACGCGACGUCAACCCGGAAAGCGCACACUCAUUUAAGAUAAACGCCUACAGUUCUCCUCCCUCUGAUGGUCAGGUUAAUGAUGCCUUGCACCGCAGGGAGGUGACCCCGGAAGGUGCAAAUUUAUUCAUCAUUCAUUCUUAUGGCAAUCCAUCGGAACACAAAGUCGAUGAUGCGUUAGAGCGCCGAAACGAGGACAGUGUCGACGGCGCACGUAUCUUCAAUGCCAUCGAGUCCUAUGGUUCUUAA